AUGCGGAUAAGGCGGUCCCGACGCGCGACGACGACGACGACGACGGCGCGCGCGGUCGUGCGCGGAGACAGCGGCGUGUCGCCCGACGACGUCGACGCGAACGGCGGCGCGGCGCCGAACGCGACGAUCGUGGCGCGGCUGCGGGAAGAGCUGCGGGACGCGCACAACGAAAACGCGCACCUGCGCGAGGAGUUGACGGCGCUCGAGGAGGGGUGGGCGUCGAGGUCGGGCGAUGCGAGCGCGGUGACGGAAAUGGAGGACGCACACGCGCAUGAGAUGAUUGCGAUGCGCGCGGCGUUCGAGCGUGAGUUGGAGACGGCGAAGGAGGCUGGAAUCGAUCGCGAGCGGGACACGGCGCAGGCGGUGACGGACGCGAUGCAACACAUGCUCGAGGAGAGUGAGGCGAAGAAUAGAGAGCUUGAAGAGGAAUUACAGCGCGCGACGGAGAAGGAGGAGGCGCGACUUGAGGCGUUAGAAAGCGAAAUGCGUGAGCGAUUGCGCGCAGCUGAACGCAUAGGAGCUCUGAGCGCGAGCGGAUCGGGCGAUUCGGCUCGCGCCGCCGCCGAACGCCGAGCCACUUUACUCGAGCUCACGCUGGAGGAAUUCGAAAAGGAGACGAUUGAGGCGAUGAGCGACAUAGAGUCACGCUUGAGUCUUGCAGUCGAUGCCGUGGACCAAUCGAACGUAGCGCUCGAGGAGGCGCGAGCCGAAGCGAACGAGCUCGGACGCGUCAGGGCGGGACUUGAGGGCGCGCUCGCGGAGAAGGAGCAAAAGAUGGCCGAACAACUUCGCGAGGUGGAAGAGAAGUUGACGCACGCGCAAUCCGCGCACAGCAUAGAAGUCAAUCGAGGUGUAGAACUUCUCGAGCGCAUCGCAUCGCUAGAGUCGGCUCGCGAUGAGUUGGAGAGCCGUCUCUCCGACGAAGCCCAACGGCGAAAGUCUGAGCGCCAAGAGUACGAGCAAAAUGCGACGGCUUCGACCGCGCAAAUCGAGCGUCUCGAAGCCUCAUAUCGUGAAGCACAGUCAACGCUCGAUUCCAGUGAAAGCGUCGUGCAGACGUUGCGGGACGAUCUCGAGCGAGCGCGCGAUGAGGCGCGAACCGCCGCCGCCGCCGUCGAAGAGUUGGAAUCCCGAGUCGACGAACUCGCAGAAGCGGUGCGAAGCGCGGAGUUAGCGGGGGACGAAGCGCUUCGCUCGGCGAUCGAAUCGCACUCACAAGAACGCGUCGCUUUGGAGGCUAAAAUCUCCGCGCUCGAAGGCGUCGUCGAGGAAACGCUGUUAAACUCCGUCGGCGCACCCAUCGAGGACGUGGAAGCGAUGAAGGCGGACUUUGAAGCCACCUUAUCCAAACAAGAAGCAAAGAUUCGAAACCUUGAAAAAUUGGCCGCAAUCGGGCGCGAAAUGAUGGCCGUCAAAGACACCAUCGUCGCCGAGUGCGCGGCGCUGCAAAACGAAAUCGUCGAGUGCGAGGCGCAAAAAGACGCCCUCUCCCUCGAAAACGCCAAGCUCCUCGGGCGCCUCGCCGCGCUCGAACAAGAUUAA